AUGUUCCGUGAGGAUGAUGAAGAUGCACAGUUUAUUGAUUCAGAAGAAGAGGGCGAUGACGUCCUCGGUGUUCCGGCUGGCAUUCCAAUCGAAUUCACCCACUAUGCACGCAAGAAAGCAAGCGAGCUCUUCAAGUAUGCCGUCGAAUGGAGCGUGCAAAAGCUCAUUAAUCCGGGCUUCCCAUCGAAGGAUGAGCUUUACGAAUUGAGUUUCCGCAAACUCGACGACGAACUAAAAGCCUUGGCCAACUCCAAGUUUGUCUCCUCAGUAUGGAAACCCGAUUUCACAGCGUCGCUCAAGUCUCGUCCAGAAAUCGCAUUCGAGGCGCUUGAACCUGAGGAAGUCUGGAUGCAUCCCAAAUGCGAGGCCUGUAAUCGGUCCAACCAUCCAUGUACCUACCAACUCCAGUUCCAAGGCAAGCCAUACCAUCCUCACACCCUCGAAGAAGUGGCUCCCGAUGAAGAUGACGAUGAUGAGAACGACGACUCAGCCUCCGACGAGCAGCAGUCUGAUGACGAUGACCAACCAGCCUACGACUACCGCGGCAAUGAAGUUCCACCGGCGAGCAAGAUCUACUUCGUUGGCAAGUUUUGCAUGGCGAACGCAGAAACUGGACACGCCUUACAGCAUUGGCGUUUCCACCUGAACGAAUGGAUUGUUAUGUGGCUGAUCAGUCAUGGGUACAUGACAAACGAGAAGAUCGUCAAGCGAGAGAAGCAGAGCACGAGGAAGCGCAAGAAGGAAGCAAACAAGAUUACGGACCGCAUGGAGAAAGAAGGAGAGAUCCGAAGGCUAUGGCAUGAAUUCAAAAAGAACAGUAGCGAGGCCCGGUCUAGCAAACAGGGAAGGUACCUACCAGAAGACUAUUGA